AUGAGCACGAGAAGUACUUUAGUGAUUUUACCUAUUUGUGUGUUUGCAGUUAUUAUAUUUUGGAUAUCUACUUCUAACGGUGCUAGUGUUUCGAAUUUAUCGGGAGCAUGCUACAAAUGCUUAUGUCACGUAGCAACAGGAUGCAACAUGUCUCGUGGCUGUCCUGAGGACGGGUACUGCGGGCCUUACAAGAUCUCAAGAAUUUAUUGGAAGGAGGCAGGCGAAGUUUUACUACCUGAAGAUGACCCUGUAAGAAUUAACGCAUGGCAGGAUUGUGCAAGAAAUUAUUACUGCGCCCAAAAGAUAGUCGGAAAAUAUUUGGAGAAAUUUGGAAGGGACUGCAACGGAGAUGGCUUAACGAAUUGUUACGACUUCAUGAUGCUAAAUUAUAAUGGUGGAUAUGGUUGCACAACGCCUUUGGAAAAGUCAGAGAAUGGCAGACAUUGGCUGCGACGAUACGAAGAAUGCAGAAUAUAA